AUGUCCGUCGGCGGGCCCACGUCCCGACGGCCGGACAUGAACGCGACGGUGCCGGAGGACGGCUGGAGGAAGGCGUCGCUGUCCAAGGCCUCGGCGGUGUUCGGCCUGUGCCUCGCGGUCAUCGCCGUCAACUGCGCCCUCUUGUACGCGUACUUGCGCGAUCGCGACUUCCGGACGCAGGCCAGGUACGUGCUGUACGCGCACCUGCUGAUCAACGACGUGAUGCUGCUGACGGGCUCCAUGACGAUGCAGGUGGUGACCUACAGCACCCGCUUGGCCUUCAUACCCUGCUCCGUCCUCAUCCUCGUCUUCAGCUCGGCAAACAAGAUCAGCCCCAUGAACUUGGCGGCGAUGGCGGUCGAGCGCUACGUGGCGGUGUGCCGCCCCCUGCACCACGCCCGCUUGUGCCGGGUGCGGCGAGCCCACGGGGCCAUCGCGCUCAUGUGGCUGGUGUCUUUGACGGCGGGCCUCGCUGACAUCAUCACGGCGUUCGCCACCACGGCCGCCUCCGCCUUGUCGGCCGCGGUGCCGGUGUGCUACCCGCCCGCCGUCUUCAACACGCCGCAGCACAGGACGCUCAGCUUGGUCACGCAGGUGCUUCUGUUUUCCGGCGUGUCGACGGCGGUGGUUUUGACGUACUAUCGGGUGGCGCUGGCGGCCCGGGCGGCGACGGGCUCGGACCGGGCGUCGGCCCAGAAGGCUCGCGGCACCAUCGGCCUCCACGCCGUCCAGCUGCUGGUCUGUUUGCUGUCGUACGUGUCUCCGCUGGUCGUCGCGCGGCUGGCGGCCAUCUACCCCUCGGAGAGCCUCAAGAUGAUCUACGCCAGCUUCCUGUUGGUCAACGUCCUCCCGCGCAUGCUCAGUUCGUUGGUGUACGGCGUGAGAGACAAAAAGUUCAACGCCGGGCUCAGGGUGCACUUUUGUUGCGAGCGCGGGGGACGCCGCCGCCACGGCCGGAAGGUGCGGCUCGCCGUCGCCGUCGUGGUGAAGAACAACUAG